UUAUAUUAUUAUAUACGAAUACGCAGUAAUCGUGGUAUGCGCGGUAACGUUGGAAACCCUGCACGCGUUUGUUAUUCAUUUAGUUGUGUUAUUAUUCAAUCAUAUUAUAUAGGUUAUAUAGGAAAUUGUUGGAAAUAUAAAUGUCGAGCUUCACGUUGUAUAUCGAAGCAUUAAUCGCGUAUAUAUUUAAUAAAAUUAUAUAAUACACCUAUAUCAUAGCGUCCGCGUCAACGAAUACACCGGCGACGCGGAUUAUCAUCAACAUAUACAGCAACAGAGACUUGAUCGACAACUGCACCUUUGCGGAUCAUGGACGCCUUGUGUCCGGAAAUCGAACGGUUGGUGUCGUGCUACACGUGUGGCGGGCAGUCGUUGCCACCGUACCAGUUGUGCGUAGAGGCUCACGUGGCCUGCCCGGCGUGCAUCAAGUACCAGUCGCGGUGCGCAUGCGGUUGUCGAUUCCUCAAAAGGUCGAACACGACGUUGGACUGGCUGGUGUCCGCGAUGAAGUUGAGGUGUAAGUACCGAGCGAAUGGUAUGAUGGACGGUGGGUCACCCGCCCCUGGACAAGCCGACUGCGCGAAUGGGUGGUACACAGUCGAGGAACUUCGCGACCACUACCGGACGGGUUGCAUGAGGAACUUGUUCACGUGCCCGAUGAAGAACUGCGGGUACGUGGCCCGCGUGGAUACCAUAACCAACCACUACGAUACGGUUCAUGGUCCGCUCCCGCGGAUCAGCCCUGACCGCCAGUUGAUUUCCCCAAAUUGCGUCAUGUUCCAGUUACCAGCCAAGAGGCAGGCGGAAAUCAUAAAAAAGAUUUUCAACGGAUACUUUAUGUUCAGCGUGAAGCCGCAACGUCGCUGGCAUAAGGACAUCAACUCGCUACUGUCCAUGCAAAACAUCAAUCCUUCAGAUCGUUUUCAGUACACGUACACCGCAACGCAAGAGUCGCACCAGAAAAUGCUUACGGUCACCGUGUCGUUGGUGGAGACGUACAGCUCCCCAACGCAUAAUAUUAUGUAGCUAGUUUUAUUUUUAUCCGCAUAAAGUACAAAAAAUAAUAUUUUAAA